AUGUCCGUGGAACACAACGUGACCAAGGUUCUGCUGGAAUGGAUCAACAGCUUUUCCCUCGGCAAAACACUCCGCGCCACGGAUGAAUUGACCGAUGGAAUCAUCCUAUGGGAGAUCCUCCAAGACAUCGAUCCACAAUACUUCCUCGACGAGAUCCCCGAGCGCAAUCCCGAUAAUCAUUGGGUCGCCAAAUGGCAAAACCUCAAGCAUAUCCAUAAGCUUCUGCUGAGCUAUAUUCGACACCAGAACGACGAUACCAUACCCUCGGGCCUCGACCCCUCCCCCAAUCUCGAAGCCAUCGCCGAGAAAGCAUCAUCGAAGGAAACGAACAAGUUGCUGAAACUGCUUCUUAUCGCCGCGAUUAGCUCCCCCAAUGCGGAGACAUACGUGCAGACACUCCAAGCCUUGAGCACAUCGACCCAGGAGGGGCUGAAAGAUAUUAUUGAAGAUGCACACAAUGGCCAGCACGAGCCCAUGGAUGCAGCUGACGAGUUGCGAGAGGACUUUGCAAAGCGAGACCACCCGGUGGAUAUAGAAUUGCAAUUCGAGGAACGCGUGGGAAAGGUGCUAGCGGAGAACGAUCGCCUAUCCCACGAGAAGAAGGAAUUGGAGAAGGCGUUGGAGGACCUGCAUAAUCGUCUGGCACGUCUGCAAGAAAACAACGACACUCUUCAGAAUCGUCUGGCUUCUACCGAGGAUCGCUUGGUGACCCUCAAGUCCGGUAAAGGCGAUCUGGGGUUCAACGCGAAGGCACUGGAGAGCAAAACAAGACAACAAGAUGAUCUGAUCGCGUCUCAGGAGGCGAAACUCACUGCUGCUCAGGAUGAAAUCGACAGUCUACGCAUGACGGUUGAGUCGCUGAAGGUCAAGAACCAACGGUACCAGAAGUUACAGGAUGACUAUGAUGAGCUCCGUACGGACAGAGAUCAGCUGGCGCGCAAGGCGAAUGCCGCUGAGAAGUAUCGUCAAAAGCUUCAAGCGAGUCAGGAUUUUGAGAAAGAGAACCAGACUCUGAAGAAUCAGAUCAAGGAUCUUCAGCAGCAGUUGAAGGAGACUGACUCGCAGCAGCGAUGGACAUCGGAGCGUGAUGUCGAGUUGGAGGAGUACCGAAAACUUCUCCCUCGUAUUGAGCAGGAGUGUAAUGAGAUUCAGAAUCUCAAGAAACAACUUGAGUUUAACAAUCACGCGCUGACUGAGCGACUUGAAAGUGCCGACGAGCAGCAUGAGAGAGACGAUGCUUUGAUCGGUGAACUGCGAGAACGUCUACGGGAGCUGGAAGGCCUACCUGGUAGUCCUUCGCCAGGUUCUGAAACACCGAAAAUGCAGGGGACGCUAUCCAAGGACUUUGAGUCGAUGAGCAUGAAGGAUUCUCAACUGAAAUCCGACACUGAUGAACUGAAGCGAGAGACAGAUGCGAAGGAGCCAUCAUCGGAGUCUCAAACAGAAGGAUUUUCUGAGAAUUUCAACACAUCCGUGCAACUUGCCCGUUCCAACUCCACGCAGAGUGAUGAAUAUUGGAAACUAUACGAGACCUAUACAACCACAUUGAAAAGACUCGCAGGGGUCCAGGAUAGCUUGGAAAACACUAAGAAGGAUCUCUCCGAGGCACAGACCCAGGUCAAUCUCAUCAGUACAGAGAAAGCCGACAUGCUCCGCGAGCUUGAAGAGCACGACUCAGCCGAGCUCACCAAACUGCGCGGUGACUGGGCGAGUCUCACACAGAAUAUUCACCAUCUCGAGGCCGAGGUAGAUGCUAGCCAAACCUUAGUUCGUGAAGUGUGUUCCGAGCGAGAGGAGCUACGCAAGAUGCUCGAAGAUAAGCAGAAUGAGAUCAGUGCCGAAGACCAGGAAGUUAUGAACGAGAUGCAGAUGCUCCUGGGUGAAUUUGAAAUUCAUAAUUCGGAAAGUGGUGAAGUACCGAAGAAGUCCAGCUUCGAGUUGCUGAAGCAGUGUGCUGGAGUCUUGGAGAAGAAUGUUGAGCGACUUGCUCAGCGUGCAGAGUAUAUUCAACAACAGAAUGAACUCAUCAAGUCACUCCGAGAGAGCAUGAAGGCCUACGAGGAGAACCUGGAUGAUGGUGUUCCUAAAGAACGUGAAAUUGAACUCCAAAAAAUCAUCGACGAUCAAGCUCGAGAACUCAGCCUCGUCAGCUCAGCAUGGUACCAUCUCCAAAGCCGAUGGCAGAACAACAACAUGACCAUCUCGCGGUAUCGACAAGGUGCCGGGAUGACAGAUCCACGAGGCUGGCUGGCGAGGCAACGAAGCGCGGUUGCUGGUCAAUAG